AUGGCAUCGAAACAAGAAGAUGAAAAUUACUGGAAUCAAAGUAAUUUCAAACCAUUUUCAUUUGAUGACGAGGAUUUAAGCAGUAAAAGUCAAAUAUUUGGAAGCUCUGUUUCUUCUUCUAUCAUAGCUGAUAUUAUAUUUGAUGGUGUUCCCACUGUAGAAAAACCAGAUUUGCAAAAGAGACCAUUGGAAACUUUAAUAUCCAAAAAUUCAUUGGACAGGAUUUUUUCUGAUGGCCCUUUUAUAAAACCUCAAAAAGUCAGUCUCGAAGAGGAAUUAAGAAUACUUAGGCGAAAAAUUGAUGACCAAUGGGUACCUCCAAGUGUUUUAAAAACAAUAAAAUGUAUUAUUUUAGGACAACCUUUUUCUUUACAUUUGUAUCGAUCAUUGGAUUUAAAAAAAGAAUUAUUGGAUGAAGCUAUUAAAAGUGGAGAUGGAAAUGCUAUACUGGCUAUAGUUCUUCACUUAUCGAAAACUCUUAAAAAAAGUAUAUUUUAUCAAGUUAUUCAAAUGCAACCAAUUGCUAUUUCACAAUAUGCUAAUUAUUUAGAAACUAGGCUUAUGAUUUCUGAUUUAAUUGAUCUAUUAGAAAUGUCUGGGCAAAUUAGGGAAGCAGCCAUGAAACAAUACACAUACAUUGUUCAGGGCACUCAAAAUAUUGAAACAAAGAUUCAAAGAUUGACUGCAUGCUAUAGCAAUCAUUUUUCUUCAUUAGAUUUAAGGGAUAAGGAUUUAGUACAAAACUACCUUAAAUACCUUCAGUGGACAACUUCAUUAGAAUCUCCCAUUUUUUCAUCCAUUCCUAAAACUUCAGUGUUAUCUUCCUUGGAAUACUUGUGCAAAAAUUUUUGGAAUGAGCCAAAAGUAUCGAAACAUUCUCCUUGGUUUCUUAUACCUUUUCAAGGUAUAACAGAAAGACAAGUUCAAUGGAUAAUUUUAACUUCUAGAUCAUCGAAACAAUCAUGGGAUGAUAUCGAAGCUCAUUUUCUUGCAAAAGGUUGGUUAAGUGCAAGAAAAUUAAAAAGCAUCAUUCCUAUUGAAAAAAUAAUUACUGAACUUCAUCAGUGGAAGGCUCCCUAUAAAAUCCUUGCCCAAUACUUUGAUGUUAUGAGUAGUUUUGACAGGAGAUUAGAACUUGCAAAACAAUUGCCCUGCCAUUUGGCUGUGAUAGAUGUUUAUGUUUUAAUGAAAGAUAGACGAGGGAUAGAAGAGUAUAAAAUUAAUUUAAAACCUCAAUCUGAAGAAUACCUUCAUGCUGAAAAUGCAUUAAGACUUCAAAUCAAAUGGAAAAAUUAA